AUGGACGUGAACGGGUUUGUGCGAAGUGAUUACCACAAUCCGGACCUUGCAACGGCCGAGCAGGAAGUUCUGGACGAGCUGUAUCUAGGCUGGCUGCACUAUUGGAACCAUGAGUCGCGCGAGGAUUUCCACAAUGGGAUGAAGGGUGCACGGCGGUUCUAUGACUUCCCAGAAAUGCUCAGCUACGACAUGUUCGGAAAUACAAUUAGGGGAAGUUUCAAGGAGCAUUUCGAGUCAAUUUUCCCGUAUUGGAACGACGGGCAAAUGGAGUUCAAGGAUCUCGAAAUCACGGCGGUGUCGCGCAAUUUUGCGUAUUCAACGAUGAUCCAACACACUUGGGGCACAGCGGGGGGGACUGCCUUUGAUACUGCAUUUCGUCGGACUGGAAUUGCACACCGAUCGCCGCAGGACGGAAAGUGGCGCUGGAUUCAUGAGCAUCUGUCCUUCCCCGUGGAUAUGAAAACCCAGAAGGGUGAUUUUACGGCCUCUUUGGAGCCAAGCAAGGGAUUCAAGCUCCAGUGA